AUGCGAAAUGUAGCAAUCAUUGGUGGUGGUAUUAGCGGUUUAAUAUGCAUAAAAAGCUGUUUAGAUGGUGGUCUAUCGCCUACAUCUUAUGAAAUGACAAAUGAUAUUGGUGGUCUUUGGAAUUAUGAUGCUAAUUCAAUCGAUGGUAAAGCCAGUGUGAUGAAAUCAACCGUGAUCAAUACAUCCAAAGAGUUUAUGGCAUUUAGUGAUUAUCCUCCGCCGAUUGACUAUCCGAAUUAUAUGCAUAAUACUAAAUUAUUAGAAUAUUUUCGAGGGUAUGCAGCAAAAUUUGAUCUUAUAAAAUAUGUUCGAUUUCGGCGACGUGUUACACGUAUUGAACCAGCUGAUGAUUAUGAACAAACAGGUUGUUGGAUGAUAUAUAGCGUUAAUUUAGACAAGAAAGAAACAAUGAAUGAUAGUGAAACAUGUGAAAAAUAUGAUGCUGUCAUGUUAGCAACCGGACAUCAUGCUCAUCCAAGAUUAGUCGAUUUUCCUGGACUAGAAAAUUUUCAAGGUCGAAAACUUCAUAGUUGGCAAUACAAGACUUCGCAUGGUUUUGAAGAUAAAAAUGUACUUGUUGUUGGUAUUGGAAAUUCCGGAGGCGAUCUUGCCGUAGAAUUAGGCCGCAUUGCUAAACAGGUGUAUUUGAGUACACGUCGUGGUACAUGGGUACUGAAUCGUGUUGGACCUAAUGGAUGGCCAGCUGAUAUGGUACUGUCAUCUGAAGUUCAUGGAGCUGUACAAAAAUAUUUUCCUUCAUUAACAAAUUGGAUAGUAGAGAGAGAUAUCAAUAAAAGAUUUAAUCAUGAAAUGUAUGGUCUUAAACCGAAACAUCGGCCAUUAGAACAACAUCCAUUUUUAAACGAUGAUUUACCAAAUCGAAUUUUAUGUGGCUCUGUGAUAGUUAAACCUAAUGUUCAAGAAUUCACAGCUGAUGGUCAUGGUGUUAUAUUUACUGAUGGUUCUAAAGUUGAUCAGAUUGAUUGUGUUCUUAUGGCAACUGGUUUCAAUAUUGUAUUUCCGUAUUUAGAUGAAAACAUUUUAACUGUGAAAGAAAAUAGAAUUCGACUCUAUAAAUAUGUUUGGCCAGCUCAUAUGACUCAUCCGACACUUGCUGUUAUGGGUCUUGUUCAACCGUGGGGUGCAAUUAAUCCCAUAACGGAACUUCAAGCACGUUGGGCUGUUCGUGUAUUUAAUGGUGAAUUAAGAUUACCGUCGCGUAUAAAAAUGGAUGAAGAUAUUGAUGAGAAAAUCCGUGAAAUGUCAGAACGAUACGCUGAAUCACCUCGACAUACUGUCCAAGUUGAUUAUGUCGAUUAUUGCAAUAACAUCGCGGAUCAAGUUGGUUGUCGACCAAAUAUAUGGAAUUUUUUAAUACGUGACUUUCAACUUGGUUGGCUUUUACUAUUUGGACCAUGUACACCGUAUCGAUAUCGUUUGCAAGGUCCAAAUAAAUGGAAAGAUGCACGACAAACUAUACUCACACAAUUUGACAGAGUUGAAUAUACAUUACUUCCUGGCAGUAAACAAGGAAAACGCCAAUAUAAUAAAUUCAAAACAGAUUGGACACCAAUGUUCUUAAUUGUAUUUUUUACAUUGACUCUCUUCAUUAUUUUACAUGUGAUUUUCUCAUAA